UAAAUUUGGAUCAAAAGUGGAACCAUGCUGCCCUUGUUGCCACAACUGAUGCAGAACGAUCCAGAGCCGCUGGAAGUAGACGCGCCACCGAACGAGCAGAAUGCGAACAACGAGGUGCAGCAUAUUGUGGUGGAGAAUCCCAGCAUUGAUCUGGACGUGUAUGCCAAUCAAUACAAAGGCAUUGGACGACUCCACCGGCUGAAGUAUGUGGCCGAAGUUUGCCCCAGCCUGGCCGUGGAGGCACUCAAAAUGGCCAUCCCAUAUGUACAGACCACGUACAACGUUAGUCUGUACCAGUUGCUGCAAAAGCGUUUGCGCGACUUAAGCUAUGGCGCUCCUGCUUCUGCGGGUUCGAUUGUGUAUGAUGCCUAUUGGGUCGACACCAUUGUGCAGAAGUCUGACCGCAGGCUGCAUGUGCUUGAUGAACAACUGAGAUCCUACAAGUCGACCUCGUUCAAGGAGGCCAUUCGGCGCGGCCACGAGGACUUGGCCGAAUAUUAUCUGAGCUGCGGGGAUCUGAGCAAUGCCCUGCAAUUCUACUCACGCGACCGUGACUAUUGCACCAGCGGCGAGCAUGAGUUGAAGACGUGUUUAAAUAUGAUUAAGGUCUUCAUUUAUAUGCAGAACUGGGGCAAAAUCAUGACCAACAUUGCGAAGGUGCAGAGUUCUUCGUACUUUGCCAGGGAGGCCAACGCCCAGAUCCGCACACACCUAAGCUGCGCCGCCGGCCUGGCCGAGAUGCAGCUUAAAAAAUACAAGGCGGCUGCCGAGCAUUUUCUGAACGCCAACUUUGACCAUUUCGAGCUGCCCGAAAUGAUAUCCGCAAACAAUGUGGCUGUCUAUGGCGGCCUCUGCGCUUUGGCCACCUUCGGCAGGCCGGAGCUAAGGCGCCUGCUGUCCUCUCAAUCGUUCAAGCAUUUCCUCGAGUUGGAGCCGCAGUUGCGCGACAUUGUUGUCCUGUUCCACGAGAGCAAGUACGCCUCGUGCAUGACGCUGCUCGAUGAGAUUCGUGACAAUCUGCUGAUUGAUAUGUACAUAGCACCCCAUGUGGGCACGCUCUACACCCAAAUUCGAAAACGAGCCAUGAUCCAGUACUUCAGUCCCUACAUGUCGGUCUACAUGCACAAAAUGGCCAUGGACUUCAACACCUCGGUGGGUGAUCUGGAGAACGAGGUGAUGCAGCUGAUUCUAGAUGGCCAGAUUCAGGCCCGCAUCGAUUCGCACAACAAGAUCCUCUACGCCAAGGAGUCCGAUCAGCGCAGUAUCACGGUGGAGCGUGUCCUGGCUCUUGGCAAGAGCUAUCAGCGAAACACUCGCAUGCUCAUCCUACGUGCGGCUAUGCGUAAAAGUGGCAUCCAAGUGAAGAGCGAUAGAAGCGAGAAUGGAAGCAAGCACAACGCCAUUUUGGCCCUGUUGAACACGCUCAAUAGUCCAUAAACUCUUUGAAAUAUACUCGAUGAAAAUUGUAUUCUGC